AUGCAUCUCCUCUUACUUCAGCUGCUGGUGCUCCUGCCUCUAGGGAAGGCUGCACGGCACUGGGCUGGCCGCCAGAGUCCGAGGUCUGCUUCUCUCGUGCUCCUAGAAAGGAAUCGCAGAGAGCUCCCCGUGGGCAACCACGAGGAAGCAGAGGAAAAGCCAGAUCUGUUUGUUGCAGUGCCACACCUGAUAGGUGCCAGCACUGCAGGGGAAGGCCAGAGGCAGAGAGAGAAGAUGCUCUCCAGGUUUGGAAGGUUCUGGAAGAAACCUGAGAAAGAAGUGCACCCACCUCAUGACUUGAUCAGUGAGAACUUCCCACCUGGGCUGCAUGCCCCCACUCAGCCAAAGGAUGGGAUGCAAGUGAAGAAAUCUCCUCUUCGGGAAGAAGCCAAAAAAUUCUGGCACCACUUCAUGUUCAGAAUGAGUCCGGCUUCUCAGGGGAUCAUCUUGCCCAUCAAAAGCCAUGAAGUGCAUCAGGAGACCUGUAGAACAGUGCCCUUCAGCCAGACUAUCAGCCAUGAAGACUGUGAGAAAGUAGUUGUACAGAACAACCUUUGCUUUGGGAAGUGUGCGUCUGUUCGUUCUCCUGGAGCUGCUCAGCACCCCCAUACCUUCUGCUUCCACUGCUUGCCUGCCAAGUUCACCACGAUGCACUUGCAGCUGAACUGCACUGGCCUUGCCCCCGUGGUCAAGGUGGUGAUGCUGGUGGAGGAGUGCCAGUGCAAGGUGAAGAUGGAGCACGAGCAUGGACACCUCCUACAGGCAGGCUCCCAGGCAGAAUUUCAUGCCCAGGAUCCCUUUAUCCCAGGAUUUUCAACUUAA